AGUUGGAUAUAAUGCAACAUUUACAUUCGGCCCAUCAAGUUCGUUUUAAAAGGUUUGGGCACCUCAGGCUCUGAUGAUUUACAGGGCAUUGUUCAUUUCCCCAACCAAUGAAUCUCUCUCUCUCUCUCGCUCUCUCUCGCUCUCUCUCUCUCUCGGAGUCGACUCAGUGAUGACUCGGUCUGUGUUUGUCUUCGCGUUGUCAGCCAUAUUAGCGCCCUCCUCCAUCUCGACCACCGCUAGCUCCAGGACAUGCAUGUAUCAGGCCGGCGUAAGGACGAAGAGGCUUAACGUUUUCGAUCUGUUUCAAAGAACAGUAUCAAAUCUACAGAAUGGAGGCCGUCAAGGCGUUUAACGGCGAGCUGUGCUCAAUGAAUGAAUACAAGCCACCGAUCUCCAAAGCAAAGAUGACCCAGAUUACAAAAUUGGCAAUUAAAACUAUAAAGUUCUACAAGCAUGUCGUCCAAAGUGUGGAGAAAUUCAUUCAGAAGUGCAAGCCUGAGUACAAAGUCCCUGGUCUGUAUGUCAUCGACUCCAUUGUACGGCAAUCUCGUCACCAGUUUGGGCAAGAGAAAGAUGUUUUCGCCCCACGCUUUAGUAAGAACAUCAUUACAACUUUCCAAAACCUCUACCGCUGCCCAGCUGAUGACAAGAGUAAGAUUGUCCGAGUACUAAAUCUAUGGCAGAAAAACAGUGUCUUUAAGAGUGACAUCAUCCAGCCUCUACUGGAUAUGGCUGCAGGGCUCCCACCCCCCAGCGUUACGCCCGUCUCUGCCAGCAGUGCCGUACCCAUCAACAGCACUACUCCUGGAACUCCGGCAACUCCAGCCACCCCAGCCAACAUAGUGCAGAGUCUCCCAGACUGGGCGUCUCAGAUCUCCAACACAGACACAGUGGCUGCGGUCGCCCAGAUCUUACAGAGUCCCCAAGGCCAGCAGUUGCAGCAGCUGGUUCAGAGCUUGCAGAUGCAGCAGCAGAAACCUCAGCCCUCUCUGCUGCAGGCGCUGGAUGCAGGAUUGGUGGUGCAGCUGCAGGCUCUGACUGCACAGCUCACUGCAGCCGCAGCAGCCAACACGCUCAACCCGCUGGAACAGAGAGUUUCCUCCUUUAACAAGAAGCUGUUGGGUCAGUUCGAUUUUAGGAAUGAGUCGGAGCACAGUGAGGAUUCUAAGAAAGAUGCUACACCAUCUCAGUUACCUGUGGUGCCAGAGUCCAUCAACAGCUCAAUAUUUCAUCAGCUGGCCGAGCAUCUUCAGCAGCAAAACCUCGAGCAGUUUCAGAAACAGCUGAUGGAGCACCAGCAUCAUCAACAGAAGUCUAUGACCAUGGAGGGCCAGGAUGCCAUCUUUGGUCUUGAAAAUUCUGCCCCUCCUGGCCAGAGCAGCGCCCCACCACAGCUCCCAGAACAAGAAGCAAAAAUGGAUGACUCCAUUGAUAACCAGCAACAGGACAUGGAUAUUGAUGAGGGACAGGAUACUGUAGAUGAGGAGCUCUUUGAGGCUGAGGAGAAGAAAACCAGCAGCACCCGUUCAAGGACACACUCGAGAUCUCGGUCCAGGUCACCUAAGAGAAGGAGGUCAAGGUCUCGCUCAGGGUCUCGGAAGCGCAAACACAGGAAGCGAUCACGGUCUCGCUCAAGGGACAGAAAGAGGAAGUCCUCACGUUCUUAUUCCAGUGAGCGACGAGCGCGGGAAAGAGAAAAGGAACGGCAGAAAAAAGGGCUUCCUCUAAUCCGCUCAAGGGUUCUAAGUGUUUGCAGCACUACUCUAUGGGUCGGCCAAGUGGACAAGAAGGCCACCCAACAAGAUCUUACUAACCUCUUCGAAGAGUUUGGCCAGAUUGAAUCUAUCAAUAUGAUUCCUCCCAGAGGCUGUGCUUACAUCUGUAUGGUUCAUCGUCAGGAUGCAUACCGCGCCCUUCAGAAACUGAGCACUGGCUCCUACAAAAUCGGUUCAAAGGUCAUCAAAAUUGCUUGGGCCCUCAAUAAAGGGGUGAAACAGGAGUAUAAGCAGUUCUGGGAUGUGGACCUUGGGGUGACUUAUAUCCCAUGGGAGAAGGUCAAACUGGAUGACCUGGAUGACUUUGCAGAAGGAGGCAUGAUUGACCAAGAGACUGUCAACAAUGAAUGGGAAUCCCAGAGAAAUACUGAGACUGCCAAAGAGACUCCAAAUCAGGCUGUUACAGCUGAAACCAGUACAGCAAGCAGCACACCAAGUGAGGCCUUUACCCAGCCUGUCACUAUGAUGCCCAUGCAGAUUCCAGUGGCACAGACAGUCCCUGCUGUUGGCCUCGUGCCUCCGUCCUUCCCUGUCACCAUGACAAUGCCCCCACCAGGCUUUGGUCCCCCACCACCAUUUCUAAGGGCAGGGUUCAAUGCCUCACAGCCUCCUCCAGGUUUCAUGGCUACGCCAGGAGUAGGACCAUCAGCGCUUGGAACCAGUCUUGCUUCAGCUCAGACCUCUCUAGUGCAGCCUUCGCUGCCAACCAUUCAAGAGAACAGCAAGGAUUCUCUGUUUGGAGCCAUGAUUCCUCCCACCAGUACUAUUCCUGGGAGUUUUAUUCCAUCAGCAAUGCCCGGGGCAGGAGUCUUUAACCCUGUGGGAGCACAGCAUCAGCAGAGCAGCGCUGACAAAAUGCCUCAGUCGGCUGAAAUGAUGGAGACAGCUUCUGAGAUAACACUGCAGGGAAUGCAAAAUGCAGUGCGCAGUGGAAUGGGUCUGCUAGGUUUGCACCCUUCUGCAUCUCUAACACAUCCUCUCUCUGGCCAGAGGAUGGCAGGGCUGCUUCCCCUGGAACUGCGACCCAACCUGCUCCAGGGACCUGGGGGCCGCUUCCCCCUGCUCAUGCAGCCAGGUCUUGCACAUCAGACCAACAAUGUCCUGGAUGCUUCACUUCAAGCCCGUGUUCGGGUUCCAUUCUCUCAAAUGGAGCAGUUCAACCGUGCUGAAGGCACUUUCGCAAGGGCACCUAACCCCUCAUCUGCUGGAGCUGACAGUCUGGCCAAGGCCGAUAAUGAGACACCACCCAGGUCAGAUGUAGGUGCCCAACAAGAAGGAGAUCAGGACUAUCGCUUUCCACCGCCAGAGAAGCAGAGCACAGGGUUGUUGAAGACCCCUCCUUUGGAGAUGCGUACUGAACCUGUGCCUGUCAGACCACCUUUACUAGAACGACCUCCAAGAACAGUCAUGCAAGCUGAAGGUCGAGAAGGUCGAAGAGAAAAUAUGUCAGGAGGUUUCAGGGCAGAAAGUCGCUGGGGACCACCCAGGGGUGACUUCGAUGAGCGAGACAUGAGGGGGAUGUCUGCUGGACCUCCAAAGGGUUUUCAGGAGGAACGGUCCAACCCUAACUUUCAGAAUCGUUUUGAGGGCCGCAGCGGAAGUUCAUCAGGACCUGCUUGGAAUCGUGGAACUGGGCCUUCUUUUAACGCAAACAUGCACCAGGACUACGAUGAUCGUCGAAGACCUUGGGAAAGGCAGAAGGACCGAGAUGACAGGGACAUGGACUUCUGGGGCGAAAUUAAUGGCAAUCGUCAACGUGAAAGGGAGAGGGACAGGAAUCGGGACCGUGAACGCGGCAGAGAGCGGAAUCGCGAGAGAGAUCGAGAAUGGGAGCGUGAAAGGGACAGAGAGAGGGAGCACGAGAAGGAUAAAGAGCGGGAACGGAAAUGCUGGACUCCCCUUUCUUCACAAUCUCAGCCUCAACCGCUGCUUCCCAAGUCUCAACCACUGCUCCCUCUACCGACCCCCUUGGUUGCUCAGCCUGAAGUACAAGAAGAAGUGCAAAUUAACUCACUGUCUCUACCGGUGCCCCAACACCAGCCUCAUCCGGAACCACAGCCAACAGAACGAGAAGCUGAACCACAACCAGAGGUAAUGCCAGAGCUACAGUCGCAGCCCAAGUCACUCAGCUCCGCUGAAGAGAUGGCAAAUAGUCAAGAGCAGGAGAAAGCCUCACGAAUCAAUGGAAUGGAGACCGGAUCAAAACCUCAAUUAAACAUUUUGGAACCUGCAUCCCAGACCGCUACAGAGCCCUCUCGUAGCCCCUCUCCAUCCCUUACCUCCACACCCACCUGCUUCCAGAAUGAGCCCUUGAAAAGAGAGAAGACCCCAGAAAUGUCUGUUUCCUCAUCUGUGGAUGCAGACACUGAACAGACUGGGCCAAAGGUGAACGCUGAGACUGAACCUGAGCUAGAGAAAACAGACACUGAGGAAACAUAAUCAUCACUCAGUAGGUAAAGAUCAUUUUGUAUAGUCAUCUCUGUAAUCGUUUUGAAAGCUCUCACAGGACUCACUCAGUUCGCUAGAUUAUAGCAGACAUCUUAACGAAUGAUUCUUACCUCUCAAGCUUCAAAUGUAUAUGCAUUCUAGGCGGCUCACACUAGAGGAUCUAAAUGGUAGGUGGGAUUUUAAUAUUUUAUUUUCUUCCCUGUUUAAGUUUUUAAUGCAGCCCCAUUGUUUUAAUUAGGUGUUUUUUUUCUCUCAUGACACUUGCUUGCCAAAAUAUUGUGUAGCCUAAUUGUAAAUGCGGGAGGAAAAGAGGUUUGACCUUCCUAUGGAAGAGUGUAAGGAUUCUGGCUGUUUCCUUUGGAUUGAUUGAAUUACUUGAAAACAGCACUGGCUUGUUUAGUCUUUUCUUUUCAAAACUGCAGCUGCAAAAUUUGAAAUGAAUGCUUCUGUGGUGUCCAAUGCUUCUCGUCUCUAAAGCAGAAUAUACGUACAUCAGAUACAGUGAGAACAGUACUGCGUUUUAGUUGCUUUGAAAAGGAACCUUUACAAAAAAAAAUUUUACUACGAUGUAUUAUCCCAAUAUUAAAUGUCUGUGAUUUUUCUGCAUCAAACUUCCAUGGAAAUACAAGAGCUCAGAAAAGGCGAUCAAAGGAAAUAUGAAUGUUGGGUGCAAUCUGUCUUAGUUUCAAAUAAACAUGCUCUGAUUGUUAAAAA